AUGGCCAAAACACUAGAAGAGUUUGCUCAAUUAGAGCCUCUUUGGGACAAAGCAAUCCAGCAUCCAGCGGAAAUUUCACCUGAUGAAAAACACCAGCUGAUGCAAUGGCCGCCUUUAGAAGAGAUGCAGGCCAACUCAGCCGAAUACUUGGCUACGGACCGUCAAUCCCUCACAUACGCGGAAUGUCGUCUGAUUCGCGAUCAUUUCCGCAUUACGCCAACUCUUGACAAGGGUGAUCGAUUCGCGUGGCCGCAGAUGCGUCCUGAUCUUUACGAUAAGCUGAAACAGGCACAAGAAGCAGCUCUUUUACCAAUAGAGCUUCAGGCCGUUCAAGCUGUGAAUGAGGUAUUUCCUCAGAAAAUGUAUGAUGACUUGGAGGCAAGGCAUGAAAAGCGAAAACCAUUCCCAGAUCUGCAAGACUGGGUGCGAAGGAUUGUCGUUCGAGAAGAUGAUAAGAGCUGGGGCUAUGUCUUUUACCAUCAGAAAGGAAUGGCCAGACUGGAUGAGUUUAGGGCGCUAUUUGCCGAGGUCCUUGAGAUGUCUUUCGGUUUCAAGGGAUAUGAAGAGAUACACGAUCACAAAUUCGCUCAAUUUGUCCCAUUUGAGGCCGAUGAGAGUAACAUCAGCCAUUUACAGCAAGACUUUCGUGAUCGCCGCGAGAGGGGUGACUUAAAGCCCGGUGUUCUCAAAAAUGUGUUCUUCUUGUUGACAGACGAGGCCCUUUCAGCUUGUGGCACAUAUGGCCCAGAUAUGUACUAUGGAUGGAUAUGGGCAAUUGAUCCGGACUGGCCUCUGUCGCGGCCAGAUGAGGAUGGCUAUGAUGGCCGCCUCAAAAUCAGCAUCACCCAGAUCUUUUACCGUUUCUACGAAUUCAUGUCUGAUGGUCUCUCGCUCAAAGAAAUUUGGCAGGAUUUCCAUUACGUCAAUGCUAACAAGUUGUACCCAAGCUAUUGGCGGGAGCCAAUUUCCUGGGCCAUUACCCGACUUGAGAAAUCCAAAUGGCCAUACAAUUGA